UCCAAUAAAUCAACCACCAUUUAUUUGUUCAUAUUAUGUGCCAGGUACUGCGCUAAUUGGGGAGGGAAAAAAGCAAAGCCCCUCCCAGCUUGUGAGCAACAAGAGCUUUGCUACUCCCUCACCCCAACCCCAGUGCCCAGUGAGUAAGAUCCUACUACCAACGAUUGCGCUCAGUGCCCAGGACAACCCUCUUCUCCUCCCCUCCAUGUCCCCCAGCGCGAGCUCAGAAGCUAAAGGUGGCUCGAGCCACCGCGGUCGGUUGAGGGGACCAGGGUAGGGGGGCGGGAUGGAGCCGAGCCAGAUGGAAAAGAAAGUUUCGGAGCUUAGUCAGUCUCAGCAAUCCAAAAUUCAUUCGCCGUUCACGGUUCCUUUUCGCACGAGCGACAGCCGAGCUAACGACAACAUGGCCGAAACAAGAAAUUUGGACUCCAUGUCUCUGGCGUCCUCCACUCAGCAAUCCUCCACGAGGAUUGAUCUUAUCAGUGAUGACAGUAAGGAGAGUACAGGCCGAAAGCUGUUGAACAUGCUGAGAAAAACUAUUAAAGGAAGUGAGGAUCAAGAAUUAGAUGUAGCACAGGCUGUACCAGCUUUGGUUCCACUUGGUGAUGUCGUUGGCUGCCUAGCUGUCCAUAUAAGAAGAUGCAGGCAUUUUUCACCUAUGACCAACUUACAGCAUUUCACAAAUUUGUUUAUUCGCAUCACUGUAAACAAGAUCAUGAAAUACACUAAAACUCAUUCCUUGAAUUGUAAAAAUAAUGAGAAUAGACCUGAAAUUAAGUUUGAAGAAGUGAAAUACUUCUCUGUACAGGUUCCAAGACGGCAGGAUGAUGGAAGGAAUAUGAUUUAUUUGGAGCUAAUGAAAUUUGAUCAUUUGAAAGCAUACCCUGUAGUAUUGGGAAGUUUUGGCUUACAUCUUUAUGAAGUAAUUCAGAAGGGAUGCUUCACAGAAGAAUUUCUUAUGAGGAUUAGAAACCAGAUUGUCUGCAAGGUUGAAGUGGAAUUUAUGUUUUCCUAUGGAAACUUUGGUUAUGGCUUUUCACAUCAGUUAAAACCACUUCAGAAGUUGAUUCAGCCAUCCAUGUUUAUGCAUAUCCCCCCACCUGCAGAAAGAACAGACCCUCUAACAAAUGUUAUCACACCACAACUAAUAGAAUAUCCAGCCUUCUUAUCGCCAGACCUGAAUGUUACUGUUGGGACGCAGCAAAAACAGACUCAUUCAUCAUCUCCCAUAAGACUUGAAAAACUUCAGCAACAACCUCGAGAGAGACUUGAAAGAAUGAAGAAAGAAUACAGAAAUCUGAAAACAUGGGAAGAGAAAUCUAGAUAUUUAGACCAAAUUCUUCGCAUGAAAACAGACCUGAAAGACGCUAAUGAUAUUGAUGGUAAUGAUGCCAUAUUUAUUAAGCAUGAUUCUCCACCUCUAGCAAGUUUCUCCCAGACACUAGAAUACUCACUAAAAAAGCAAGAGGUUAAACCUCUUCUAUCUGAGUUUCCUAUCAAAACACCUGAACUUAAGAAGAGGCUGCCACUGGCAGAAAUGAGAGAGUGGUCUCCAGAUUUAUGUUUAAAUCUUCAAGGAGAUGCUGAAACAAAAAAUGAAAGCCUUCCUUCUCCUUUACCUCCUGUUUCAUUAAGAGAAAAAGAAAUUCGUGUAGACUCUAUAGAUGAAAGAGAUGAACUAGUAUGUGAAAACAUUGGCCCUAAAGGAGAAAUGUCAGAAAGAUGGAUCACAGGCUUGGCUUCACCAAAAGUAAAACCAAAACAGAGCCAUAUAAGCCCAGGAAGAAUAAACUUAAUUCAGUCAGAAACAAAGUUGAAAAGUAUCAUUUUAAGCCCAUUUAGAAAAAAGAGAAGCACAGAUGAACUUGAAUUAGAAACAAAAAGGCAAACUUUAAAGCAUGAAAGCAAAAUGAGCUCAGAAUUUCUUCAGGAGCUAAAAGAAGACAUUGAAGCAGUGGCAAGGAUGCGUCUUUCUCGACAUGUUUCCUUUAAUAUUUUGCAGGAAGCUACAGAAUUACCUUCAAGUGAAGAUCUGCUAAAAAAAGAUAAGUUUGAAAAAGAUAUUAACUUGGAUGAAGCUAAAGACAAGGAUGAGGAAAGGGAAAAGUACAAGGAAGGAAUAGGUGAAAAGAAUAACGCAGAGGAAGAAAAGUGAGGGCACCAACUAUCAUGGAGGACAGGGAACUUGGACUUGGAGGAGCACCCAGUAGACACCAGCCAGGACUCUUCAAAUAAUAAAAAGGAAGAUUUGCAUUUGACCUCAUUUAAGCAUCUUGAAAAAGCAAAUGCAAAAAGCAAGGUUUGACUGGGGAAGAAGCCCAGAUGAUUACCGAUACCCAUUCAAAAAUCUUAUAAGACCAAAUACUGCUCCAGAGUUUAACAAAUGAAUAAACCCACAUAAGUCAUCAACAUUUCUGUGUAUUACCAACAAAGUCCAGCAGUAAGAGUGGGAA